AUGUUCACCUUGUUAAUAAUCCAGGGCACCGAAAAUCUCUACGGAGUGCAUCCAUUCUACACAGUACUGGAAGCCGACGGUAAAGCACACGGAAUACUGUUCCUCAACAGUAAUGCCAUGGAAUACUCAUUUUUGCCGGAACCGGCGCUUUCUUUAAAAACUUUGGGCGGAGUUCUUGACUUUUUCGUGUUUUUGGGCGAUAAUCCCGAACACGUGAUACAGUUGUAUACGUCGGUCAUUGGACGUCAAAUAAUGCCUCCCUUUUGGGCGCUCGGGUACCAACUGUGCCGAUUCGGGUACACCGGUACCCAAAACGUUAGGGAAGUCAUUGACCGCAACUUGAAAGCUAAGAUCCCCUUGGAUACCAUGUAUCUCGACAUCGACUAUAUGGAUAAUUACGAGGAUUUCACAUACGAUAAGAAGGCGUUCGCUGGACUACCGGAGCUGUUCAAAGAUACUAAGACCCAGAACCAACUUCACUGGGUCCUGAUGCUGGACGCUGCUAUAGAGGGAAACAACACGCAGUACCAGACGUUUAAAGAGGGCUACAAAAACGACGUGUUUGUCAAAUGGCCUAAAAGUGUGGACCCGAAAGAC